GUUCUUAAAGCACUCCCCGCUUACCAGAUCACACAUUCAGCGCGCUGAUUCCACCGAGCAUCCAGUUGUGUUUAUAGAGGUCUCCCUGCCAUUGCGCAUUCAUGGGAAUGCUAUCAAUUUGCAAAGAAAAAAAGAAAAGAAAAAGUGCCAUAUUUAUUAUUAAAUUUUUUCCGUCAAAUGAAAUUUUUACUACUUUGGGCACUAUUAAAAUUAUUUUCUUCACAAGGUUUUUGCUGGAAAAAGAGUCCUUAUCUUUCAUUUUCACAUUUGAACACAGCAGUCAUUUGUAUGUUCUGUCUUUGUCCAUCUGGCUUGGUCAGCCAUCCUUUUCCGUUGCUCUAUCUAUUUUGCUGAUGAAUCACAAUACUGUGCCUGGGCUUCCUUGAUUACUGCCAAGACCUGGCUGCGUAUUUAAGUGCAGUAAGCUAGCCUGUUUUUUUUUUUAUAUUUCUUUUAGCCGUAAUCAAGGUCUCGCUCUGUGCUACUAGUAUUCGUAGGUUGUUUCUCUGGUAGCCCUUGUUCCGCAGUUGCCACACACAAAGACGUGUACAUGCUCACAUGCGCACGCAUACGCACAGAGCACAGGAAAUCAUGCGGCAACAUUGGGCUCUAAUUGAAUAGCAGGAAGCCCCCCCCCACCAGUCCUGCUCCCCGGUCUGUGUAGUGAAGUUGGCACUGGGAGUGAGCGGUGGUGGAACAAUCAGUGGCUAUGAACGCAGAUGAGACUGAGCAGGGCCCGAGUGCGCCUGAGAAAUCCAGGAAUUCUCACCUAGAUUGUUGGGAGUAUUUAAGCGGGACAGAACGGUAAAGCGCGUGAGGGAAAGCAGAAAGAGGAGCCUGUAAGCGUUACCCCGUCCAUCGUCCUUGAAGCCUCCACCGUCGCUCCGUCUCCAUUGUGAGGGCCGUGAAGGGGCCAGGAUACCGCGGUGCUAGAGAAAAGGAGUCCAGGACUGUUAUUAGGAUUGUGUUUCUGUGAAUAGAAAGCCCCCCAUCAGCACCCCCCGCCGCUCAGACUCGGCCAUCUCUGUGCGCUCCCUGCACUCUGAGUCCAACAUGUCCCUGCGCUCCACCUUCUCCCUGCACGAGGAGGAGGAGGACACGGAGCCCCAGGUAUUUGCAGAGCAGCCCUCGGUCAAGCUGUGCUGCCAGCUCUGCUGCAGCGUGUUCAAGGAUCCUGUCAUCACCACCUGUGGGCAUACCUUCUGCCGACGAUGCGCCUUGACCUCAGAGAAGUGCCCGGUGGACAACGCCAAGCUCACGGUGGUGGUGAAUAACAUUGCUGUGGCAGAACAGAUCGGCGAGCUCUUCAUCCACUGCAAGUACGGCUGCCAGCCAGCCGCCUCUGGCAAGCCCAGUGCCUUUGAGGUGGACCCCCUGGGUUGCCCCUUCACCAUCAAGCUCACCACCAGAAAAGAUCACGAAGCGAGCUGUGAUUACCGGCCUGUGCGCUGCCCAAACAACCCCAGCUGCCCCCCUCUGCUCACCAUGAACCUGGAAGCUCACCUGAAGGAGUGCGAGCACAUCAAAUGCCCCCACUCCAAAUACGGGUGCACCUUCAUCGGGAACCAGGACACGUACGAGACCCACCUGGAGGUGUGCAAGUUCGAGGGGCUGAAGGAGUUCCUGCAGCAGACGGACGACCGCUUCCAUGAGAUGCAGGUCACGCUGGCACAGAAAGACCAGGACAUCGCCUUCCUGCGCUCGAUGCUGGGAAAACUGUCUGAGAAACUGGACCAGCUGGAGAAGAACCUGGAGCUGAAGUUCGAUGUUCUGGAUGAGAACCAGAGCAAGCUGAGUGAGGACCUGAUGGAGUUCCGUAGAGAUGCCUCCAUGCUCAAUGAUGAACUGUCUCAUAUAAACGCCAGGCUGAAUAUGGGCAUCCUGGGAUCCUAUGACCCGCAGCAGAUAUUUAAGUGCAAGGGCACCUUUGUGGGGCACCAGGGGCCCGUGUGGUGCCUGUGCGUGUACUCCACCGGCGACUUGCUCUUCAGCGGCUCCUCCGACAAAACCAUCAAGGUCUGGGACACCUGCACCACUUACAAGUGCCAGAAGACAUUGGAGGGCCACGACGGCAUUGUGCUGGCACUGUGCAUUCAGGGGAACAAGCUGUACAGUGGCUCAGCAGACUGCACAAUCAUUGUGUGGGAUAUUCAGACACUACAGAAAGUCAACACUAUCCGCGCUCAUGACAACCCAGUCUGCACCCUGGUGUCUUCACACAACAUGCUCUUCAGUGGCUCCCUCAAAGCCAUUAAGGUGUGGGACAUUGUGGGCACCGAGCUGAAGCUGAAGAAGGAGCUGACAGGACUGAACCACUGGGUCCGGGCGCUGGUCGCGUCGCAGAACCACCUGUACAGCGGCUCUUACCAGACCAUAAAGAUCUGGGAUAUUCGUUCUCUGGAGUGUGUUCAUGUGCUUCAGACGUCUGGUGGCAGCGUGUACUCCAUCGCGGUUACCAACCACCACAUCGUCUGUGGAACUUAUGAGAACCUCAUCCAUGUGUGGGACAUUGAGUCCAAGGAGCAGGUGCGAACGCUGACUGGCCACGUGGGCACCGUGUAUGCCCUGGCAGUCAUCUCCACGCCAGACCAGACCAAAGUGUUCAGUGCCUCGUACGAUCGCUCACUCAGGGUGUGGAGUAUGGACAACAUGAUCUGCACUCAGACGCUGUUGCGGCAUCAGGGUAGCGUCACAGCACUGGCUGUCUCCCGAGGCCGCCUCUUCUCUGGGGCUGUGGACAGCACUGUCAAGGUGUGGACCUGCUAAGGCCGUCCGCGGUCUGCUUCCCCUGCCCGGAUGCAGCAAGGAAGCAUCAUGCGACAGGGGACGGUUUCAUUUCAGACUGCUUUACUCGGUUAUCGUAACGGUGAUGAAGGAAUCGACAAUGCCAAGCUUGAAAAGGUUGCUUCGUUAAAAAGAAAAAGAAAAAAAAUCACGGUUUAAUAUUUUUUUUGGUUGAUUGAAUUGUGAUUCUGUACACCACUAUGGGGCCAGGUGUUUUUAUUUUUAUUUUAUGCAACUGUAGAGAGUCAGUGCAGUGGAGGUACUGGAUCCCACUGGAGCCUUUCACACUGACACCGCCUUGGACACUGGGUGCCUCUUCCUCCAACUGAGUGCCAUGACGAUCGGGACCUCUGGAAGAGCACCCCUCUGCUCACACCUUCAGGACUGUAUUCGUACACUGAGUACACAGACCCACCAGACUGAAAUAUCUGCCUUAUCUGAGCAUGUGUUUGAGCAGCAUUGGCAUAGCCUCCAUCCUCGUGGAAGACUACCCCCCCCCCCUCCCAUCCAAUGACAUGCCCACAUCUGAGAGUGCCACAGGCCCUGCUGAAGCCAACCCCCUCCCUCCAAGCUGAGCAGUGUGGAGGAACGCAAAGAAACUUUUUUGCCAAUGUUCUCCUCUUAAGCGGAGGAUUCCCCUGGUGGGGCUGUCCAACACUUCAAAAAAGAAAGGGACAGAAACGAAGGAGAGACUGUGUGCUUGUACGCGUCUACACUCCAAGUCUAAAACAAAGCAAAGUGCUGAUGGGGAUUUUGUAACGGUUCAUUCCUUGCUUUGCGGCCAGAAUUCUCCCACAGCAAUUCCAGUGGUUGUGGUGUAAUAACGGAACAGUUUAGCCCUUCUUGUUAGUUAGGGGGCCUCUGUUUGCUGGGAUGUCCUGCCUUGCUGUUCCAUGUUUGCUGCCAGGGAAUCUCCUGCCAAGGUGGGGGGGGGGGGGAGGGCUGGUUUCGCCGGGCAGUCUUUCAGCCAUCAGUGACCCCAAUGAAUUAUUUUGUCCCUGCGGAGGGGCUGUGACCGGUGCAUUUUCAAUUUGAACGCUUGACUUUUUAUGCUUUAUUAGCCGCAUCACCUUUUCCACAUGGCAGUUGUUCGAAAGAAAGAAAGGAAGGGAGGGAGACGAGUUCAGAAUUAUGCACACGGAAGUCACACAAAAGACGUGGAGAAAAAAAGUGUCUUGUGCCCAUUUCACUUUCUUCGUUUAAGCAACUCCAAAACCGCUGCUUUAAUGUGAUUGCUGACGCAUUUUUAAACUUUAAAGUGCUGCUGUCUAUUUUAGAUAGGCCUUUUUUAUAUGUGUAAAAUAGUCCUGUAAACUAUAUUUUUAACCCAUUGUACGCUUCAUGCGGUGUUUCCUUACAAAAGGUUCUAUACAUUCGUUUUCUGCUGUAGGCCUGGCUCAUUGGGCACAAUGCUGGCAGUGCCAUUCAUGCCCUGGUCAGCACCAAGCAGAGCUUAAUUUUCAUUAGGUUUUCAUUUGCAGCUUCCUGUUGAUGGGGUAGCUCAUAAAUAUAUAAAUCAUAGUAACAAAAAAAAGUCCUAAAACACAGUUUAAAAAUAGUAAUGAAGAAGUUGUGAUUGACUUGGUAUUUGACAGAAUUUGAGAUGAGCAGAACUCUUUUGUGAGGGCACACUGCAGUGUGUAUUUGCAGUGCCAAUGGUGCCAUGAGGAAGCGCAUGAUUAAUUUCAGCCUUUUUCCCUAAGCUCUGUGGAGAAAAGAUGUUAAAAGGUACGAUUUGGAGUGCAGGGGGAGGGUGGGAGAGGACUGACCUUUUCUCCCGCAGCAGUGAUACAUGCUCACUUGUAUACAUUAUGUUAAGCUUGAUUUUACCAUUAAAGCAGUGUACACUUUGGUA